ACAGACCACUUCACACGUGAUGGAGGCUGUCGGAACCCGGGGACGGUUCGGCUGAUCCACGAUACGUCGUGUCCGAUCCGUACGUCCAAGAUGUCGGUGUCCGGUAUGAAGAAGCAGCUGCACAAAGCCAGCCAGCUGCUGAACGAGAGGCUGAUGGGAGCUGAAGGAACCAAGAUGGACGAGGACUUUGUGAGGAUGGAGAAGAGUGUUUCUGCGAUCCAGACCCUCCUGCUGGAGCUGCUGUCCAGAACCACCCAGUUCCUGCAACCAAACCCAGCGCACCGAGCCAAACCGAGCAUGCUCAACACCGUGUCCAGGAUUCGAGGCCAGGGGACGUCCGCAGGUUACCCGCAGGCAGAGGAGGUGCUGGGAGGACGAAUGGUGCUGUCCAGCCAGCGGUUUGGACCCGCGUCUGAGUUUGGUGCAGCUCUGGCCCGAGUGGGGGAAGCUCUGCAGCAGGUGGGCCGGGCCAGGGACGCGAUGGACACUAAUGUCCAGUGCAACUUCGUUGACCCCCUGCAGGACCUCCACAGCACACAGCUGAGGGACAACAGGUUUCAGCUGAAAAAGCUGCACAGCCGGCGGCUGGACUUCGACUACAAGAAGAGACAGCGAGGGUCCAUGCCAGCGGAGGAGGUCCGACGGGCCUGGGACAAGCUGGUCACUUCCAAGGAGCAGGCAGAGAGGAGCAUGUUCGUCCUGCUGCACAAUGAUCUUCCUCUGCAGAUGGAUCUGAUCUGUUGUCUGGCUGCUCUGGUCUCAGCUCUGCUCAACUUCCCCCGCGACGCCCAUCGCACCCUGCUGGACCUCCAGGACCACCUGCAGGCCCGGCUGACGGCUGCCAGUAACAAAGCAGAGCAAGGGUUCAGACGCAGAAAGAUCCGAGUCAGAGGCGAGUGGACCAGCGGCGUCAGGUUCCUCCAGCCGCCGCCUGCUUCGUCCUCAGUGGUGCCGUCCAGACCAGGCAGCCCUGUCUCCGUCCACCCUGACAGUCAGCUGAUCCUGGACCAGCCCUGCUGCAGAGCCUUGUACUCCUUCCGCCCGAACCAGGACAGUGAGCUGAGCUUCAGUGAGGGUGACGUCAUCGUGCUCAGUUGUCAGGUGGACGCUAACUGGUACCAGGGUGAGCUCCAUGGUCGAUCCGGACUCUUUCCUGUCAGCUAUGUGGACGUGCUGGUUCCUCUGCCGUUACCAUAACAACACAGGUCAGACACAGCCUGACUUGUAAGUAUUUGGGACAGUGACAGAGGUGAAGCCCUGAGCUGCUGCUGAUCAGAUCUGGGGCCUGUAGAUCUGGCUGCGUUAAACAUGGACAGGAAGGCCACAGUCUCCACUGUGGAGAACUUUAGCUUCUGAAUUCAGAGUCUCGCGCCCAAGUGUUUUUUCUCUUCAAAGCUUUAGAUGCAUUGUUGAUGUUUUCCAAUUUUGCACAUUAGCAGAAGAAACAGAGUCAGUUUCAACAGAAUGAAUGAAUGAAUUGGUAGAAUGAAGGUCCCACCUGCAAAAAAGAACAUGUGAUGUAGAUGGACGGAAGCUACACUGACUCAACACACGCGUCUUGUGUUUCAUUAGUUUUUCCUGUUCCAUUUCUGGAAUAUAUUUACCAAAAGGGUUGAACUGCCUCUUUAAUUAAAAUGACUCCCCACAGACUAAGUGCACAAAUAUAAUAAAGCAUAGACUCUACAUACAACUAGUAGCUUUACAUUUUAAAUCAGUUUGCUUACAUUUAAUGAAAUGUGUGUGCUGACUGUGUGGUUUGAACGUUUAUGACUUCACGAGUCACAGAAAUGUCCCAGUGCUGUUAUUCAAAGAGCUGAGCUGUUUGUUGUAAAUAAACAGGAAUCACUGAA